UCCCCGGGCCCUGGCCCACGCGCCCGCCCUCCCGCCCUCCCCGCCGCCCCCCGCGCGCGCCCCUAAGCGACAUGCAAAUGAGCCUAGGUCCUGUGGACGGGCCCCAAAUCCCCAGCACCCAAUGGACCCUUCCAGCCCAGAGCCAGCAGCCAAGGCGGCAGAGCCCUCCAGCCCACCCCCUGAUGCCCCUGGGGGGCGCCUCCGGCGCCGUCGCCCCCCUGCAGGCCGGGCUGGCUCCUCUGCCGACUCCUCCAGCCGGACGUUCUCCCCAGCCACUCGCAAACGGGGCGGGCCCCGAGGCUCCACACCGGGGGAACCCCCUGAGGCUCCUGGACCACCCGAUGGGGCGGAGGCGGAGGAUGGAGGUGGCGGCGUCCUGUUGAUCGAUGCCCAGGGUGUCCCAUACACCAUGCCCCAGGCGGGGGAGGAGGGCACAGGGGCCCGGGCCCGGCGGGCCCCGCACUUCUGCCCCGUCUGCCUUCGCGCCUUCCCCUACCUCUCAGACCUGGAACGGCACCGCAUCUCUCACUCAGAACUCAAGCCACACACCUGCCCGGCCUGUGGCAAGGCCUUCAAGAGGGCCAGCCACCUUCGGAGGCACAGGAACAUCCAUGCGGGCCUGCGGCCCUUCCACUGUGCCCUGUGCCCACGGCGUUUCCGUGAGGCUGGGGAGCUGGCCCACCACGGCCGCGUGCACUCGGGUGAGCGCCCCUAUCAGUGUCCCAUCUGCAGGCUGCGCUUCACGGAGGGUAACACCCUACGGCGCCAUGCUCGGCGCAAGCAUCCGCCGCCCCCUGAUUCUCCCAGCUCCCUCGCAGGCCCUGGCAUGGACCCGCCCUGGCUGGAGGCGAUGGUCCCAGAGCUGUCCCCCAGCCCGGAGCCUGCCCAGGCGGGCCCAGAGGAGGAUCUAGAGGAGUCCCCCAGGCUGGCCCCUGCCCCUGAAGACCUGAAGGAGGAGCCUGAGCAGUCUCCCAGCCCAGAGGCUGCCCAGGCAGCCACGGAAGAUCUGCAAGAGAAGCUGGAAUAACAGUCCUGCCCCAGACCUUCCCCAGGUGGACCCUGCCAGGUGUCCUGCACAGGUGCCCUGUCUAGAACAAGCCAGUGUGCUCCUGUCCGGGCUUGGGCCUGCAGGAGACAGGAACAAGCAGCUCACCUGAUCGUCACCCCCCAUCCCCCCCCACCUCUACCCCGCCCUCACAGAAACACAGUGUGAUCCCCCAGGCUGGAUUUACCCUGGGCAGGAUCCAGUGGAGGCUGGGGCUGAGUCCCCAGCAGAGUGUAGCACUUGAGGGGCCCCGGAUCUGAAGUGGUUCUAGCUGAGCCAGGGCUUAGAAUGACAGGAGCCCAGGCGACUGGGCAGGGAGGGGGGUGGGAGGUCUGGCUCUCUGAGGAGAGGUGAGACUCCUUUCUCAGAACUGGACUUUGGGUGGCUAUGGAGCCAAGGAAAUAAAUGUGUCUGUCUGCCGGCUGUCAGUGUCUGCUCACUGAGGGAGGUGCAGAGGGCAAGGGCAUGCGAUCUGGGAGGACACAGCAUGUGCCCUGGGGCUCAGGCUAACAAAAAUGAGGAUGUCUGGUACUAAGAA